AUGCUUCGGCGAACUUCUUGGAGAGCAGUUGGGUACACACCAGUUAAUCCAGAUACUUCCCCUAUGCUUGCCUACAGCCAGUACCACUGGCACUACAACCUGCCACAGGGAAUGGAGCGGCCGCAUGGGGUCAAUCGAACAAUGACGGCACCGUAUCAAAGUGCCCACUCACUUGUUAACAAAUAUCGAGGCGUAUGGAUUGAGCUUGACAUGCAUCCCGCUUUUCGCGUAGCGCUGGAGCCACAGUUACGCAAACUGCCCCAAGGACGUACCAUACCAAAAACAUCUGUAGAUGAAGUUAUUUCGGAUUAUAUUAAUACGGCACACCUUAUCCAGGACGAAAUGACGAGAGAUCUUUGGCUAGCAAAGGUGCUUCAACACUGUGCAUUUCAGAGAAGCAACGAGGGCAUGGCACUCUGGGAGAAGUACUGCCAUUCACGCUUUAUAGCUGAUGGGGCUACUGCGACGCCACCGCUCCCCCUAGUCAAGGCCAUUCUGUUCUACUGUAGCAAAAUAGAUUACCAAGGGUGGAGCUCUAUUUUUCAAAAAUGCUUAAAAAAUGACUGGAACUACACUCCUCUAUUUGACACGGCCCAGUGGAAUUUCUUGUUGAAGAGCGUCGGGCGUAUGGGCGACGAGAAAGGGGUCCGGCUCAUUCUAGAAGAGAUGUUGGAUGUGCAAGCUGACCUCGAUCGUGUGGAGGCACGAUCUAUCGUGAUUGCGCUUAACGCCGUAACUGACAACGACAUUUAUGAAUACAUAAAAAAGUACUUGUUCAACUUUGGUGAACGUAAGGUGAAGUUCUUGCGUAUCAUUUACUCUGAUCUACGAGGCCACGGGGCGGGGAAACUUCGGAUUCCUCUCAAAGAAAAUGACAAGAUGUUUUAUCAUGUUUGUUGGCACAGCAGCAUCCGCGCUCCGAGGCAAUUUUCUCCACGUCAGUUGUAUUUCGAUUACACACCUUCAACCCUCGGUGCAAGUGUACACAAUCCGAACGCAAAGAUUGAUGACAUUGUCAAGGACAAGAUCGAAAAAUGGAAAACAGAGGGACUUCUUCCCGAGGACUAUGUGCACGAAGAUCGUGUAUAUGAUCGUGGAACUGCUUUCAAAAACGUUGCUCGCCAGGAGAAGUGGAAGAAGAUGCCAAGGAUUGUGAAGAGCAAGAAAAUGGGUUACACGGGUGAUCCGUAA